AUGAUGAAAACUGACAAGACAAGAUUUCGUGAGUUCGCAAAUUUAUUAGAACCCAUGGAGAAUUACACACCAGUCCAAGCAAUGGAGAAAUUCAAUGAACUUUAUGGUGACCGCAACAAUCUUAGUUACUUUACUAAGCUUUUGAAGUACUUUAUUCAAUUCAAUUGCGAAACCUCUCCGAAUGAAGUCUUUGCUCAUAAUGAAUUCCUUGAACUCAUCUAUCAGGAAUUGAAAUUAGCAAUUCUAACAAACUUUAAACCAGAAGAAUAA